AGGCCAGCUGGAACCAGUCCAACCAGGCGACGCUGAAGCACAGCCAGCUGCUCGAGCUGUCCCGCCAGCCGGCAGCGGGCAGCGGCGUCUCGCUCGGGCAGCACGGCUCGAUAACGGACGCCGCGCUGGGCGCCGUGCGCCGGCUCUCGCGCAAUGUACGCCGCAAGACCGCGGCACCGGCGCCCAGCGGUUUGCUGCCCGACCCAAGCAUGGGGCCGCUGGCUUCAGCAGUCCGUUUUAACUCUAUAAACCAGGAAGAUGUUGUCAAGUUUCUCAAUGCAAACCCGGCCGUCAUAAACCAUUACGUUGAUGAAUAUGUGGACGUCCCUACUUUGAAGGCGUGGCUGGCGUCCAAGACGUCGGGCACGCUGCGUGCGCACCAGGCGCCGGUGGGCGGCGAGGCGAGCCCCUACAGUGAACGGCAUGCAGAGGAGCUGCGGCACCGCCUGGUGGAGGCGGCCGCCGAGACCGAGCACACGCCCCGGCUGCUGCAUGAGCUGGCGCGCGUGGCGGCCGUCUCCGUCGGCGCAGACGCCUUCACGCUUUUUCUGAUUGAUCUACAAAACCAGGAACUCAACGAGUACACUCCAGGAAGAGACGACUUUGUCAAGAGCAAGGCAUGCGUGAAAAUAAUGGACCACCAGACGCCGACAGCGCUGGCGGCUGCCAGCGGGGAGGCGCUGAUCAUCGACUCGAUUGCCGUCGACGCCCGGUUUCCGCUGGGAUUCGGCCUGGGCGUGUCAGAGAAGGACCGGUCGGCUCUCGUGGUGCCUUUGCCCGGACUAGCGGUGCUGGAGCUCCGGCGCGGUCUUCAGCACGAGCCGUUCGAGGUGCACCACCUGGAGACGGCCAACGCCAUUCUCGCUUGGUUUAACAUCGCCAUCUCCAAAAUACAGCUCAGCGAGGUACUGCAGCACCAGGAGGAGCUGAACGGCUUCCUGCUGGAGGUGGCGCAGUCCCUGUUUGAGGACGUGUUCGCGCAGGAGACGCUCAUCUCCAAGAUCAUGGUGUACGCCAAGUCGCUGGUCGCUGCCGAGCGGGUCACCUUUUUCUCGCUGGAGGAGGAAAAGAACGAACUGGUGGCGUCUCUGUUCGACGAUGGUCAGGUGAUUAACGGCUCGCCCGUGCUCUCCAAGCGGAGCGAGAUCAGCUUUCCCCUGGGCCGCGGCAUCGCCGGCUGCUGUGCGCGCCUCGGCGAGCUGGUAAACGUGGCGGACGCGUACGCCGACCCGCGCUUCAACCCGGACGUGGACCGCAGGACGGGCUACAAGUCGCGCGGUCUGCUCGCCUACCCGGUCAAGGCCAAGGGUCGGCUGCUGGGCGUGCUGCAGGUCGUCAAUAAGAUAGGAGGCGAGCUGUUCACGGCCUCGGACGAGGCGGCCAUCCGAAUGUUCGGCGUGUACUGUUCGCUGGCGCUCUACUACGGCAUCAUGCACGACAGAAGCCAGAAGAAGGAGCACCAGCUGAGCGAGUGCAUGGACAUGCUGGAGUACCACUCGACGGCCAGUCCCGACGAGCUGCGGCUCUACUUCGAGCAGCCGCUGCCGGCCGCCGUGCCGCCCGCCUUCGGCACGUUCGGGUGGGCACCGGGCCGCGAGCACAACCUGAACCGCCUAUACCUGCACAUGUUCUUCGACCUGGUGGGCGACACGCGCCUGCCGCCCGAGCGCAUCGUGACCUUCACCACCACCGUCAUCAAGUCCUACCGGCGCGUCCCCUAUCACAACGCCACCCACGCCUUCAUGGUGGCGCACACGAUGUACAACAUCCUCAAGCGCAACGCCAGCGUCUUCAGUCGUCUCGAGAUCCUGGCACUUCUGGUGGCGUGCGUGUGCCACGACGCCGACCACCGCGGCUACAGCAACACAUUUGCCAAGGCGUACACUGGCCUAGGCGGGCUCUACAAGUCGUCCGUCAUGGAGAAUCACCACUUCGCGACCACGGCCAGCAUCCUGCAGCGGCCGAACCAUGACAUCCUGUCCCAGCUGAGCGGCUCGGAACGGAAGGAGGUGCUGGAUAUCAUGUUUGAGGCCAUCAUCGCCACGGACCUGGCUGUCUACUUCCAGAUUAGGCCUAAACUGGAAGCCGUGCUAGGCGCCGGCGAAUUUAACAUCAACCAGCAGGAGCACAGACGGCUGUUCCGGAGUGUGAUGAUGACCGGCUGCGACCUCUCCGCCGUCUGCAAGCCGCCAGAGGUUGUGCUGCAGCACACACUCGAGCUGUACGUCGAAUUUCACGAACAGGGUGACAAGGAGAAGCAGAAAGGACUCACUCCUGACCCUAUGAUGGACCGCUCCAAGGCCUUGAACCUGCCCGCAGACCAAGUCAACUUUGUCAAAUACCUAUGCAUGCCGGCGUACGUCAUUAUAACCCAGGUUCUUCCAAACACCAAGGAGAUGCUGGAGAAUGUCAAGCGAACGCUCGACUUUUGGGGAGCCACGAAGGCGAAGGAGAGCAGCGCGUGGAAGCCGUAUCCGAGCUGGCCGAGCCCGGCACACCCGGACAUGUCACUGAAAAUGGCGCGGCCGCCAGCCCAUCCGCUCACUCCCGGCCAGCGCAGCCCCAAAUAACGCAGCCUGCUUCCG